GUAUAAUUUGAUUUUAAAACUUUAAUUGAUUUGUGACAGUUGCAUAGCACACGUACAUGAAUGGGUUCCACAGCCAUGCGUCACUUUCCCACUACCCUACAACUGCGUCCGACCGCACCCGCGCCACCGUCAGCCUCACUGAUUUACGGUGAUAGCCGAAGUUGCCAACGCCGCCCUUACACUAUCUCCUCUUACCCUAGCGGCGAUGUAAACCACACGACUGAUAUGAUUCAGACGUCGAAGAAAUGACCAAAACUGAGUAGGUAUUGAAGCAUGAGAAAGGUCAAGCCUCAAUUACCCCUCUCUCCGCCGUCACUUGCCACCAACUCCACCAAGUCCUACAAUGCUCUGAUCAACCGUCACUCAAUCGCCGGUUCUCACCGCGAAGUCCUCCUCCUCUACUUCUCCAUGCUCAAAACGAACAUUAUGCCGGACCCCUACACAUACCCAAGUAUGCUCAAAGCUUGUACUUCUCUAAACCUCUUCUCACAUGGCCUUUCUUUCCACCAACAUUCCAUCGUGAAUGGGUACUCCUCUGAUGCCUACAUUGCUGCUUCCUUGAUUAACCUUUACGCCAAAUUUGGGUACACCGAUGUUGCCAGCAAAGUGUUUGAUAAUAUGCCUGAGAGAAAUGUUGUUCCCUGGACUGCAAUUAUCGGGUGUUAUGCUCGAUCAGGGAAGGUAAAUACCACGUUUCAAAUGUAUAAGCAGAUGCAGUGUGAAGGAAUUAAGCCAAGUUCAGUCACCAUAUUAGCCAUGCUUUCAGGCGUUUCAGAAUAUACCCACGUCCAGUCUCUUCAUGCUUCUGCAAUCCAAUACGGGUUUGCUUGUGAUUUAUCUUUAGCCAAUUGCUUACUAAGUUUAUAUGGGAAAUAUGGAAGUGUCACUGAUGCUAAGAACUUGUUUGAAUCAAUGGCUAAUCGAGAUAUUGUCUCUUGGAAUUCUUUAGUUUCUGCUUAUGCUUUGAUUGAUGAUAUUAGAGAAAUCUCACAACUUUUGUCUAGAAUGCUUGUUAGUGGAUUGAACCCUGAUCAACAGACGUUUGGGUCAUUAGUUUCUGCUGCUACAAGACAAGGUAACCUCAGAAUCGGGAAACUGGUGCAUGGGAAAAUAGUCAUCAGUGGUUUUGAAAUGGAUUUCCAAGUUAAAACAUUACUUAUAACCAUGUAUCUUAAGUUUAGAGACGUAACAAACGCCUACCAAAUAUUCGAAUCAACUCCAAAUAAAGACAUGAUUUUAUGGACUUCAAUGAUCUCUGGGCUUUUAUGGAAUGAACGUCCAGAUAAGUCAUUGGAACUGUUCCAUAAGAUGUUAAUUUCACAGGUAAUGCCAUCCACCACAACCAUAUCAUGUGCUCUUGCAGCAUGUGCUCAAUUGGGGUCUUUACUUCUAGGAACCUCAAUCCAUGGGUAUAUAUUAAGGAAAAAGAUUAUUCUAGACAUCCCUACUCAAAAUUCUCUCAUUACAAUGUACGCGAAAUGUGGGAGACUAAAUCAAAGUUGUGCCCUUUUCGAUACAAUGAACCAUAAAGAUGUUGUCACAUGGAAUGCCAUGGUUGCAGGGUAUGCACAAAAUGGUGAAUUAUCUAAAGCGUUGUACAUCUUUAACAAAAUGCGAGAAUCUUUUGAGAGACCCAAUGAGGUAACAGUUGUAUCUCUUCUCCAAGCUUGUGCCUCCAUUGGAGCUUAUCAUCAAGGAAAAUGGAUACACAAUUUUGUUGUGAGAAACUGUCUUGGUGGGACCCGGUCCCUCUUAAUCGACACAGCUUUGGUUGAUAUGUAUUUCAAAUGUGGAAACAUGAAGAAUGCUAGAGAGUGUUUCGAUAGAAUGUCACAACAUGAUGUGGUGUCAUGGAGCAUAGUGAUUGGUGGGUAUGGUAGUCAUGGUGAAGGGGAGAAUGCUUUGAAAAUGUUCUCAGAGUGUUUGGAAACGGGGAUCGAACCAAAUCAUGUUACUUUUUUAUCGGUUCUUUAUGCUUGUAGUCACAAUGGGCUUGUGAAGGAAGGUGUUAGGCUCUUCGAGACUAUGACAAAUCGUUUCAAGAUGGAACCAAAACUUGAACAUUGUGCUUGUGUUGUUGAUCUUUUGUGUCGAGCGGGUAGGGUAGAAGAUGCAUAUGAUUUCUAUAAGAAGAUGUUUAAAUGGCCGGCUGUUGAUGUUUUAGGGAUUCUUCUUGAUGGGUGUAGGAUUAAAGGUAAUAAGGUGCUUGGAGAUGUUAUUGCACGUGAUAUAAGAAGUUUAAACCCUGAAGAUCCUGGGAAUUUGGUGCAGUUGGUUCAUAAUUAUGCUUCGAGUGGUGGGUGGGAUGGUGUGGGUGAAGCGUGGAUUCAGAUGAGGGGUCUUGGAUUGAAAAAGAUUCCUGGUUGGAGUUUUAUCGAGUUAAAUGGGAAUAUUACGACUUUUUAUAAGGAUCAUACUUCACAUCCUGAAUAUCAUGAGAUAGUAAUGUGUUUGAAAGCCAUGGGCAUGCAUAUUAAACCACGAAAAUCAGCAACGGAUAGUUUAAAAUAUUAUGAGGAUGAUUGCAUGUAGUGGCAACUGAACUUCUAACAAUAUUUUUCAUUAUCAACAUCGCAGAAAAGAUCCUCUGACUGUAAUCAAUUUGGGAAGCACCAUCAUGUCACACAAAAACACCAUUGACAUCUAGAAAUAAUUUUUUUGACAAAAAGUAUUUGUUUUACGUUACGAUACAUGUACAAAGCUAUUUUUUAUGAAAGGAGAGACGACCGAAAAGCUUCAUUCACACUCACACGGUAUCUCUAACAAAUGAAGAAAACUAUUUUAAACAUGUUCUUCUCUUUCACCUGGUCUCAGGUGUCUUGACUGCAGGCACCUCAUCAGCAUAACCAGACAUGUCAAUAUCCACAAGUGAUAGGUCAAAGGGUAUUAUUGACGGGGACUCGGAGACAUCCACUAGCAGCGAUGAUGAAGGAGUCGGUACCUUUUCUUUAGUCGGACUUCCAAUUUCCGGGGUUGUAUGUCCUGAAUUGGAAUUUGACAUACUUGAAACUGAUAGCUGUAUGUCACUUAACUUCCCUCCUGGAAGGUCCUUGCUUUUCCUAAUCGUGUCCAUCUCUGAC